AUGGUCACAAGUUUCAAAGCAGCUGCCUCAAGUCUACGAGACCAUCAUACCGAGCUGUUUGACCAGCGAUCACAUGAAGGUUCACUGUCCGUGGACAUGUUGAGCAACAUCGAUAGAAGAUGGGACAUCGACUUGCAGAACAAGGCUCUAUCAGCGUGCGUCCGGAAGGUGCAGUGGGCAGCAGCGACCCAGCUAUUCUACGAAGUCUGCAAACUGCAGCUACAAGGAACUGCUGGCACGCAUAGUACAGCUGUGAAUGCCUGUGGCAAAGCCAAGAUCUGGGAGAGGGCUCUCCAGCUCUGGGAGGCCUCCUCUUACCGGCAUACCAAUGUGGUCAUCCAUGGGGCGAUAAUAAGCUCCCUAGAGAAGGUGGGCAAGUGGAAGGCCUCCCUUUACAUCUUCUCAGAUUCCACGGAAUCGCGAUUGCAGAACAACGUCAUCACCGCCAGCACUGCCAUUAGCGCCUGCGCAAAAGGUCUACAUUGGCAAGGCGCCAUGCUACUCCUAAGCUACCUCGUCAAGGAACAGCUCGAGCCCAAUUCAGAUGGAGGCUCACUGUGCUUUGCCUACACGUCGGCCAUAAGCGCAUGCGCAGUCGAGAGCUGCUGGACCAGAGCCGUUCAUCUUCUGGCUCAGCUCAAGGAAGGCAAGGUCCAGCCGAAUGUUCAUACCUACAGCAGUGUGAUCAGUGCCUGUGAAUCAGAUGGACAUUGGCAGCAUGCAUUGAUGCUUCUCGCAGAGCUGGAGCAUGGCAGGGUUCAAGCAGAUGUUGUGGUCUACAACGCCACGAUCAGCGCAUGUGGCGGGAGCGGUGCGUGGCUCGCUGUGGUCCAGCUCUUGUCAGACAUGCAAGACAAGCAGAUUCGGAGCGACAACGUCACCUUUGGAGCCGUCAUCAACUCCUGGAAAAAAUCUGGGCUUUGGCAGCACGCAGUGCUACAGCUAGCCGAGUUGACACAAACUCCCAAUCUGAUCAUGUACAAUGCAGCGAUUGCCACAUGUGAGAAGGGAGGAGCCUGGGAGACUGCACUGUCAUUGCUGACAGAGCUCAGCCAGCUCAAACUGCGAAGCGACGUUGCUACGCUCAGCAGCAUCAUGAGCAGUUGUGUUCGCUGCACGCAGCCCGACCAUGCUCUGCAUCUCUUCUCUAUCUUCCGUGGUGCACACUGUAGAGCUAACGCAGUGACGUACACGGCCGCCAUUGGGGCAUGUGCCAGAGCUCAGCAGUGGCAGCAGGGGCUGUGGUGGAUGACAGAGUUGCAGAUGGAAAGCUUGGAGUACGACGUCCUCUUAUGCAGCGCUGUCAUCAAGACCUGUGAGACAUCGAAACUUUGGAGAGAAGCAGAACAGCUGCUGAAGAACCUUUCAGACCAGGACAUGGAAAGGACCGUGGUGACUCUCAAUGCUGCCGCUGGCACCCUCAGCGCCGCCAGGCAGUGGGCACGGGUCGGGGAGCUGCUGCAGCCGCUGCUGCUUGCAAGACUCGCGGAUGCCACCACCUUUGCUUCUGCUGCCACGGCCGUCGAUAAGGGCGCACUGGAUCGACACGCAGCACCCCUGAUGGAUGAGUUGAGCAGCGUCGCCAGUCGCUACCUGCAAGAGGGAUUCGCGGAGUAA